AUGCCACCAGGAGACUUAUGCCACCUAGACCCUUGUGGGAAAAAAUUAGCUCAAUGUGUUGUUUUAAAUAGCAAUUUUACCUGCCUGUGCCAAUAUGGAUUCUACUACAGCGACAAGGAUUGUCACAGAGGGUUAAUAUUCCCGGGGGUCAUUACAGUGAAAGGAUCUUACAGUGAUAAUGUUCAAAUUGUAAAUUCUGUGGAAUAUGAAGAGGUGUUCCAAAAUACAACAAACUUUUUUAGGGAUGCCUUGGGAGAAUUACCAGGCUUUGUGCAGACUGUCAUUGUGGAAAUUCAACCUCUAGAAAAAGGCAGAACUGCUCGUCCAAUGAGCGUAACAGUGACAAACCUGUUUAGGGAGAACUCAGAUGUAAAUAAUGAGACAGUUACUUCUGCAAUAAUGAAUGCAACAGGAUCUUCAUCCUAUGUCUCUCACUACAGAGGUGCAAGCUAUUGUGCUGCUUUUAAUUGUGAUGAAAGAACCACAACUUGUGAAGAAAGUAUGUUUCCAAAAUGCAUAUGCCAAAGUCCUUACUCAAAGACAAAAUGGGAUGAUCGUUCUUGUUCAGAUUGCAGUAAGAACUGUUCUGAAGAAGAAAAUGAGUAUUGUGCAAAAGAAAAAGGGGUUCCAGUAUGCAAAUGCAUGCCUGACUUCAAAAAGAAGGAUGGAAAAUGUGUAUCCUGUCCAGUGGGGUACUCUGGAGAGAACUGCAAGAAUGAUAGAGAACUUAUCCUUAUAAUAGUGGGUACAGUGUUUGGAGCAAUUAUCCUGAGUUUGGUGAUAGCAGUCUCUGUUGUUUCAGUAAGAGCCAAACACAAGCAAGAUCCAGAGAAGAAGAGACUGAUAAAGUCAGAAUAUUCCAAUCCAAAUACCUCUGAAGAUAGACAGACCACGAUGUUCCCCAGAGUCCAGACCACCACUUCUGGCCACACGAACCCAGGAUAUCAGCCAAACAACCCAUACCAGAUGCGUUCCUCAGACAGAGGUCGUUUUCCAAAUAGGGAUUAUGAUGAUUUGUAUGAAGCAUCACGGGAGCCUGAGGGCUUUAGGAUGCAGAGCAGCAGAUACUAA